AUGCCGACGGUAUUACUACCUGCCUCUGCGGCGGCCUUUGCGCCACGAUCGACGUGCAACGUCGUCCUCAACACCAAGGUCGAGCCCUGGUUGACUGCUACCCUCAAAAGAAUCAACAAGAUCAAACGGCCACUGAACAGCGUUCCUCAACAUACGCGAUGUCUGACCGAAGCUUUGUCCUCGUCCAACGCCAUCUGGUCGCUAUGUUCCAUUAUGGUGCCUAAAGCGCCCGAGACAGAAUUGCGGAAAGACUCCAAUCCGCUGGUGGAGGCGCUGUUCAACUAUCAACUAAUUCACAUCGAGGCGUACGUGGUGCACGUCGACAUGGUGUCCCAGAAUGAGGUUGCCUUCAAACUGACGACAGACACGAUCGAGUCGCUGGUCGAGUAUCACAAGGAAGUCUUCUCCAUCGACACGGCUGCCAACACCUGGACGUGGUCCGAGAAGGAGCAACAGCUCAAGAAACUGCAUGAAGUAUUUGUCCAGGCUGCCAACAAGUUUGUCUACCGAACGAGUGCCCUUGUUCUCGAGGGGAUGGAGGAAGAAGGUGCAGGCGAGCUGCUAUGUGGUCGAAGCGAUGAAGUUCGUGCAGCCAUCAUGAGCCUUUACGUGCCUCUUCUCCCUCCUCCUCCAAGGAUUGUGGAUGUCAUCCGGCCUACUCCUCUCCUGCCGAGCUCGACAGGAAUUGAUCAGUGGUGGCCAUCCCAGCCCCUGCCAGCUAUGCCAUCAGGCCACGUCGACGCGUGGAAGAUUGUCCCAUCGAGCCCGAGCCCGGUCUCUUCUUGUGAUUCCGGUCACAACAUUUGGUCGGGUGUAGGUGUCACCGAGGUACAACUGCCGUCUCCUACUCCUUCCUUCAGUCAACCAUACUCUUCGGCCACGUACAGUGUUUCACAUUACUACAGUGCUCCGACAUACGGCACUCCCACCACAGUCUCCUCGUAUCAGGCCCUUCCUCUUCCCAGCAUGUUGACUCAACAACCCUGCAGUACAUCUGCAACUCUGAACACGUAUGGCUGGGACCGAUAUCAGGAAUAUACAAUGCCCUACGCAACGGCCAUGUGA